GUUUUUGGUUUUUUAUUCAUUUUCUUACCAUACGACAAGUUUUUAUGUUAUUUAGUCCAGUUUUUGCUGCGCAUAAUUUUGCGCUGAUAUUUUUGAAACAUUGUCCUUUUUUAUGUACGCUUUAUAUAAGACCCAGUAGUUGGAUGUUCUUUAAUUCAAACUAUGUUGCACUUUGAAUACUUUCCUUCUGGUAAUUUCUUGCAGUUCUACCCCAGUUGCUUAGUAAAACCUGGAUUUUAGUUUCUAAAACGAAUAAAUUCACCAAAUUGCCACAUUUUGUGUACGGUUUCCCAUUUGCAAAAGCCAUAACUAACUAUAACUUCGCCCCGAAUUCGGUUGUGAUCUGUUAGUAAAUGUAUGCAGGAAAACUGGUGUGUUAAAAAGACAGGAAUUUUGGGGUUGAUUGAAGGAUUUAAUCAGAAGUAUUAGCGGAUUUCAGAACACGAAUGUACAUGGACAACAAGGUGUCAUUGCAUUUCUUCACUUAAAGCGUAUUUUGUACACGAAAUGUGUAAUUCCCUCAUAGUUUAUGCGAUGAAGUCAAAGCCUUUAUAUAGGAAAAUUCAUUCGUAGCUACAUUUCCGUCCAAUUUGACUAAUUCUACACAUUCAGUCGUUGACCAAAUAAAUUAUUUGUCUGAAUCCAUAAUAUCAACAUUCUUUUUACUUAAAAGUAGGCUCAGGAAUAUUUUAGACAGGUUCCGAGCAAUGUAUGGAUAGCUUACACAUUAUCCAAAACUCAAGACCCCAAACCUGUUUGCUGAAAAUGAGUAAGAGCCCAAGGCAUUAAUAACGAUCUCUAAGUGUUUAUGAAGUUUUGAGGUGGUUCCAAAAUAAAUGAUAGUUUAGUUCAGUUGGUCUACAUAGGACGAAAAUAAAGAAUCCAUAUUUGUUCUAUUGAAUAUUGGUGUGUCGUUAUACACUUGUUUGGAUAUCUUUUCUACUCAAUGAAUAUAUUAUGUUCCACUUUUGACCUCUCUCUUCAAAGCGUUUCUGCAAUCACGUAGUUUUAAGGCUUCAGCUUAAUGAAACAUAGUUCUGCAAUUUGAUAUCCACUUGACUGCUCCUAAUGUAAUUACAGAAUUUUGUUCUCUGGUAGAAUUAUCUUUCUUUGAGUUGCUACUCACCUAAUAUCGUAAAUGCAAAAACUAAACUAUAUUUUGUCUUCAGACGUAUUCUCCGGGUAGAUUUUUGUAAUAUGAAUAGCUGAUGUAUCAGAUCUUUGUUUUUGUUUUGUGAGACGUCCAAUUAAUUAUGGUAAUACCAGUCAAGUUGUAUAAAUGACUGCAAUCUUAUGGAAGUAUGGAAACGAGUCAGUUGUUUUCUCUUACGGGAGGCAACUUCAUCCAUGUGUUCCCUAGCUACUCUGUCGGUGGCACUAAAAAUCGUGAAUUGACAGAAGUUGGAAUUCACGAGCCACUGGAUCCUGUCAUAGUGGCUGAAUAAACAACAGGCUCGCCUCGUAACCUGGAGUUCCCGGGUUCAGUCUCUGUCGGGUCCAUGAGCGCCUACUGAUGAAGAGUCCCAAGCUAGGACGAGACAGCUGUCGAUUACUCCUUGGUUCUCAGUGGUCGUCCAACUAAUGUCAAUGCGUGAUCAAACUUGAAACUCUUCCUUUUCCCAUUCCCUUGGCACUAUAUGAAUAAUAUACAAAGCCACCAGCACUCCUGUAUAUCGAAGAAGCCGUAGGUGAUUUGGACAGAUAAAGAAGAUAUCCAAGGGUGGUUAUUAUUAGUAAUGCUAAUAUACUUUAACUGUAAAAUAUUUCCCUCUAUGUUGCCUAACUCACUGGUCGUUCAAGUUUCUGCGAAUUAUAAAUUCUAGUUUAACGGUUUCUAAGAAGGUAACUCACCCAGCGUGGCCUCUAAAAUCCACUUUCUGUAAUCAUUCAACUCUUACAUGGAGCUUGGGAACUAGAAAUCCAAAGAAAUGCAGGAUAAACUCAUCUUCCCUGAUGUAUUGAAGCAGAGACAUGUGUCGUCACCUGAAUCAUCUGUCGAUCUUCAGAUCUAAUGACAUUUCAAUGAACACAAUGUGUCCGGACAGCCAAUAUCUACCUAGACGAUAUAGUGAGGUGUCCUGUGAAAUGUUCACUCUCAUUGUCUUUAUUUUUAACCAAAUUUGUGUAUUAGUAUUACUUUCUGCUUUUCUAACUUCUCAUGAAUAUACUUUCCAGAAGACCUGAAUGUCCAAUCAGGUGCAAAUAGACAGUGUCUUGUUAUGUGAGGGUACUAACAAGAUGCUCAGCUAGAGUCAGAACUCACUCACCUGGGACAAUUUUUUCAAGUGCAGCACUAUGAGCCACACCUAUUGUGUUAGGGCUGAGGAUACGACCCAGUUGUCAAAACUGAAGUAGUUAGGGAGGGAUUAGACCUGGAACCUAUUAAUUGCAAAGUCUGAUGAACAAUGAAUGUCACUUUAUGAAUGUUGGAAAUACGUCUGUCUUGAUGAUAUUAGAUGGUUGGAAGCAAUCAUCAAAUCAAUGUACACCGUGAGGCGAGCCACCUAGAAUGGUGGCCACAUUGCAAACCUGACACAGAAUUCAGUCUGCACCAAAGAAAGGAGUAGACGCAUCACACUAGUUACUAGUGUCCAAUCAAAGUAUACUUUUCUCUCCAAGUGUAAACUACUAUUUCAUUACCAUUUUGCUACUAUUUAUUUUCUCAAUAUAGCCUAUUAAGUAGUUCUGCUCAUCUACGAUAUCACCUUGAUAUUCGUAUAAAUCCUUGUUGUUCGGUGCUCUAUAAAAGCUUUCUACGUAUACAAAAAUCUGGGUUCACUUUUCCUCAUAUUUGUUAAUUUUGGUGUAGGUGAAAUACCCGACUACUCCCUAAGGGUUUGCAGUAUGAUUGUAAAAAAUUGUUAUUAAAAUACAGUAUCUGUGAUUGCUUUGUGUAUUUGACCAUUACUAAUCUCCCGAGUUUGAUGUAACCACCAUAUAAGCAUUGUAGUGUGUUGUAACUGAGUGUUUAGUAUUUUUGUUGUUGAGCUUCCAGUCACAACACUGUAACCAACUGAUCACUUGGAACUAUUCCUCACCCCCCAUUAAGGUACACACUGAAGUCAGAUUUAUCUGGGACAACCGCGACAACAACAACUCUACUACUCACAAUAAAGUGUAUAUUUCGUUUACAUAUCUGCGGAAAUUCAAACUAUAAAUAAUCAAUAUCUAAUCUAUUGCAUCAAUCAUAAUUUACGGCUAACAAUGGUAGUUCGUCUGUCCUAAUAUAAUGGGUUAGAUAUAUAGCACCAAGUGAACUAGUCAUUGAGGUUGUAAGUCGCUAAGACAGCUGGGACGUGUUUUGUCCAUAUCUAUCUGUUGCCUACCCCAAAGUGUUGUUAGCUAGACUGAAAUAAUGUUGGAAUGUAGUUGGAAGAAGACAUUUUCUGUGAUGCUGUUGAAAUAAUUAUUCUUAUAAACCUUAUCAUUUCAACACUUCUUCAGUUAGCUUUCCAUGGUGCAUUUAUUGUAUUUCUUUUAUCUAUCUCUCUACCGUGACAGUUUUCUGAGUUUGUCAACUACUUACAGUUUGUAUGGAAUUAAUUUCGUGCCUGUUAAUGGGAUUACAUCAUGUUUUUCUACAGAAGUUCCUUAGUUCUUUGUAUUGCGUGUAUUAAAUAUAGGAGUACCUAUUUGUUUGUUUAUAUGUAUGAUGAUUAAGUAUAUUUUAGGAUGUUAUCUUAUAAUUUAUAAGUACAGUUCCUGUUUUUGAAUUUGUUAGAAAACUAUGUUUCUUCUUUUUCAAGACUCCAUCUAUCGACUCUAAUGUUCAAAGUCUUCCAUCGUUUGAUCAACCUAUGGACCGAACCAAUAGUCCAGGGGUUUCUAGUCUAUGGCAGGAGGUUGUCUCUCGUCUUGAGGCUUCAGUUGAAAAAGAUAUUUGUUCAGAUGACCCCUUACUGGUGCUAAAAUCUAUUCGGAUUCUUCGUCAGUUUGUUGUGGCUAGUGUAAUGAAUAAAUUGGUUGUUGGCAAUAGCUCUAUUCUUCGUCCACGCCUGCUUGAUUCACUUGGUCGUUUGAAACAAUGGUCUAUGACACACAUUAAUAUAUGCGUUGAUUUAUUUGGCCUAGUCAACAGUCUAGUUCGAGAUUGUUCUUCAUUAUCAGAAGAUAUUCUUAAUCACACGGAAUUGCUGAAUGAUUUCAUGAAUUGUAAAACAAAAACUCACACUUUAAUAACUGCAUUAAUGAAAAAAAAGCCUAAUCUGAAGAGUACAAGUGGUGUCUAUGAAAAGUUUGUACAUUAUGGAAUGGAACAAAUUAUAUUUAUAAAAUGAAGCGUACUUUUGCAUAAAGUGGUUAUCACAGUGAUUUUGUGAAGAAGUACACAUCUAGAACUGAUAAGAUAAAGGGGAUCAGUGAGUAAGUGAGUGAGUGAGUGAGUGAGUGAGUGAGUGAGUGAGUGAGUGAGUGAGUGAGUGAGUGAGUGAGUGAGUGAGUGAGUGAGUGAGUGAGUGAGUGAGU